AUGAACCCCCUCCUUUUAAUAUGUUCCUUGUACCUCUUUGGCUCAAAUAUAGAAACAGACUUUGUCUGUUCUUGUUCUACUACACCGAAGAAUGAGGGGCUGGGAAGUGUGGUGUUAUCCAAAUUGAGGGACCUAUUUGGAACGAAACAGCAGGAAAGAGAAAGGAACAUCAUAACAUAUAAGUUUGUAAAGCACACAUGUGAUGAAAAAAAUCAGGGGAAAAAUGAACAGAACGAAAAUAAACCAGGGUUUGAAGUAUCCCAUGUGAAUAGGCUAAUCUACAUUAACGAAUUGAAGACAUUCAUCUUGGGUGCAUACAUACCAUACAUUUAUAUGAGUGUGAGGGACAUGUAUAUAGUGCUGAAAAAAAUAAAGGAGUUAAAUUUUAAUACAGUAUAUACCUUUUUAUUUUGGCCUGAAAAUGAAUAUUUGGAAGAUCUUUAUGAUACAAGCAAGUCGAAGCUUUUCUACUUGCUAAACUUCUGUGCGUCCAAUGGACUGUUCGUCAUUUUAGACAUAGGGCCGUACAUCGAUAAUAUUUACAAUUCGAAUAUUCCUACUUAUGUUUUGUUCAGCAAAAAGUUUAAUGACUACAUAAGGGAUGUGUAUAUAGAGAAGGAAAGAAAGGGAAGGAAAUUUACACGCAAAAUUGGAGACUACUUAUCCUUUAAUGUGUUUGGAAAAGAGAAGAGUUUUUUCACAAAUGAAGACCCGGAAAAUGUAAAUUGGGAACACAUAGAAAAUGAGAUUCAUAGGAAGAAGGCCUCCUACAUUAGGGGAGAUAACACAUACAAUAGCAUUUACAGCUUGUAUUAUUUUAAGAGGGCUAUAAAAUGGUUUAACUAUAUUCUGCCUCGCUUGAAAAAAUAUGCCAACAUAAAUAAUGGACCAAUCAUCUACCUGAAUAUUGACAAAACGUUCGAUAAUUAUUACAUGUAUGUAAUCAUAGAUUUGAAGCGCAGAAAUUAUUUUCGAAAUAUAUGCAAUGUGGAGACCUAUUUUAAGGGUACCAAAUCGGAGGGGGAAUCCUUCCUACAAUGUGUAAUGAAUUUUUUCAAACGGGUUAGAAGGAGCUACAUACUUACGAUAGGGUAUGUUCUAUAUGCUAGGUUUAAUCAGUAUAUGAGAAUUUUAAAGGAGUACGAAUUGGGGCUGAUGUACAUUAACGAGAUUUACAAGUUAGUACAAUUGCACUUUGGAAAAAUUAACACCCUGACGACGAACUAUCCUUUUAUUAAAGACGAGUUUAUUAAUUCCUACGCGGGGAACAAUUGCUACAAUCAUUUCUUUCAUAACAACUGGUUUGACAAUGAGUGCAUAAAGUUAAACAAGCCUUGCAUCUGGUCACAGGUCUGGACUGGUGCCAAGUACAGCAUACAUAAUGUGAACUCGCCAAGCAUUUUAACGCGACAUUUUCAGGAACCCAUCGUGCAUGAUUCUUCCCCGUCGAUGAUUUCCCCGGUGAGCGAACUCGUAGCGCGGGAGAGUCGGACCUUUAAGCUCGAUGAGGGGAAACCCCCCAUGGGGAGCAACGCGGUAAACGAAACGGGACCGUCCGCAGACGAAUUGGCAGACCAAUCGACGGACCCUUCUGAAGACCCCCCGGAGGACCCCCCCCCAGGGGAAAUCCACGUGGGCGUGAAAAGGGCCCAAAGCAAAUACAGCAGCAACAACUACAUUGGCCACAUAAGAAAUUUCAAAGAUCUGACAUACAAUAUAUUAGUGUUCCUGGCGAAGGGGGGAGUGUUUUUGAACAUAUUCCCCUUCUACAGUGGCAAUAACAUAAACAACACGCACACGUUCUUGGAGCAUUACAGCAAAGAGACGGGGCAGCCGUUGGACCUGUACUUUAACCAGAAGGAACCUCUGUACUCACACAUUAAGAAGAUAUUCAAAAUUCUCUACAAAUAUGGGCAUCACUUACUAAAAAGUGAGCACUACAUACGGCCAGUGAAAAUCUCCACCAACAUUGAAAUGUACGACUAUGGUGCUAUUAAGAUUAUUUGCAACCACAACAUUAAGGGAAGCACUUAUGUAAAGGUUGGGCCUCUGAAUUACAACAUCAACAGCUUUAGCUGCAUUGUGUAUAAUGAAUUUAAGAAGAAAAUUAUUUAUGAUUCUUCCUUCAAUUACAGUUACGAAGUUUCGUAUAUUAACAGAAAGGAGGUGUACCCCCCAAUUGAUAAGUAUCUGUACUCCCUCGACGCAGCGACGUCGGGCCCCUUGAUGUGUGUGAAGCAGGACAAAAAGGAGGGUAUAAAAAACGGCACAAGGGGAGGUUUGCUUCCGAAAAGUGUUGCAAAACAUAUGAACAUUUUUUCGAACUUUUUUCCAAACAAUUAUGUACACCAUGUGCGCGAAAUUAAUGUACUUAACCACUUCUAUAUGACCCUCGAUUUUACAAAAUUCCAGUGGUACAUAAUUGCGAUGAGAGAUGAAGUCAACUAUGUGAAGUUGUUCCUCAGUAAUUACAGCUUUUACGUGUAUGUAUACGCGGACGGUAAGUUCCUUUACGGCGGGUUUAACGAGUACAAGUACAUCGAACUAUUGAACGUGAAGAAGGUCUACAUAAUUUGCGCAAAUCUGGGUCUAGGCUUCCCAAAAGAGAACAUCAGAACGGACUUCCUCAACCACAUAAAUGUGAAUGAUUUAAAGAAGGAUUAUUUUUUCCAUCAAGAUGGAGCUAGCCAAAAUGAAAUAAAAAAAAAAAAUAAUAAUAUGAGUGAAAGCUCCAAUGUGGAUGAACAAAAUGGCUACCUAACCCUGAACACACACACACAAUCAGGGGAAAAAAAAAAAAAAAAAAAAAAAAAUAUGAACGGGUCAGGCGAUAAUUCACCAAAGGAUGACCACCAAAAGGGGAACAAGACAUGUGUGCAAAGCGAUGUGCAGGAAGAAUCAGACGAAGAGGAAGCUACAACCAGUACAUGCAAUAAGAGAGGCAGUAUCUUCGACGACUUGGAGCACAGAACGCUUGGAGUGCAUAGCAACGAAAAUGGUUCGACCACCACGUACGGUGAAAACGAACGAAGUAUGCACAAUUACUACUCGGGAGAAAGUACCGAUACGUUCAUAUUCAUCGUCACGAGGAACGAAUACGAUUUGUACAACUGUGUUGGUCUGCAUGGGGAGAUAAUGAAAAAUGAGAAAAACGUAGAAGUGUACAAGAAAAUGUACAACAUGCUUGACUACACGUACGUAAAAUCGUAUUUGCUAAAUAAAGGGAGAGAAAAAAAGCCAACGGACGGGGAAACAUCAAAAAGCGGAAGUGAAAAGGUGGAACACGAAAAUAUGGACUUCGAAACGCUGUUGGACAGUAAAAAAACGGAAAUGAAAAGUAUAACUAAUUCGUUCAUAAAUAUGUGUUCCUCUCGAUUUUUCUCUUUUUUUUUUAACAAAAUUAAAUAUUAUUGCAAAAUGGGGAUUUUUAAAUAUUUGAACAAAUUCAGCAAGGUGAAUGAGAACAGCAUCAAUUCGCCUCUAACGUGGUACACUUUGCUGUAUUUUGUAAAAAAUGUGGACUACAUAAGAUCCAAAUAUUCGCUAAGGCUAUCUGCUUACGAUGAGAAGCUGAAAGAAAUUGACGGGCUGAGUCGCGGGUUUGUCUACAUUAACAACCACAUGUUGGGAAGCUUCUGGAUAACGGACGAUAAGGAAAGCUACGAAAGUGAAAUAAAUGAAGAGAAAAAAUUAAAAAAAAGAAAAAAAAUGAAAAAGGAAAAAAAAAACAAAUUUGCUACGAAUGAAAAUUUAAUUAGCAUCCCACUAACACGGUACAUGCGCAUACCAACCGACUGGCUGAUCGAAGGAAUCAACGUCGUCAUUGUGUUUGAUGAAUUUGGGGGGAACCCCUACAAAGUCGAAAUCGUUCGUGAAGUGCUACAAGGGGGGGUAUACCGGCUAACGAAGAAGGAGAAGUAUGUAAACUGGAUUUUGUUCCUCUUCAUUUUGAGCAUUAUCGUCUUUAUCACGUACUUCUGCUUCAAGGCUCUGCACAACUAUUUUAAAAUUAAAGAGGAGAAGGAGAGGAACAAGCAGAAUUAUCAAAAUAUUAUCGAAAAUAUAAUUACGCAUAAUAUUUAUGUGAACAGCUCGUACGAUGAUGCCACGGAGGAAACGGCGUCUGAGGACAUUCAGAAUGUUAGUGAGUUUUUGGACUCCUGA